AAUGAAUCAAGCAUCAAAAGGAGAGCAAGAGGCGAUCAGUACCCUCUGGCUAGUAUCUGGACCUGUUCUUUUAAUAGCUGGAGUUAUUGGUCACUCUAUUGCCAUUGUUAUCUUACGCUCUAAAAGAUUUUCUCGACAAAGUUUAUCGCUCGCCCUGCUAGUACUAUCGGCCACGGAUUUAGCUGUUCUUCUCAUCGGUGUAAAUCGUUAUAUUCUUUUGGUUAUAGGAAUCGGAGAUAUUCGGGAUAAAUUCGAUGCAAUAUGUCGUAUUCAUACAUUUCUGGAAUAUUGGCUUUGCCAAUUGUCGGCCUGGAUUUUAGUAGUCAUGACCGGAAUGCGACUUACUUCGAUUUUGAAUCCCAUUAAGUCAAACGUCAUUUUCACUCAGUGCAAAGUAAAAUUGAUAUUAUUAGCAGUAUUCGUCAUAACACUCAUAACAAAUCUGCAUCACCUGUUUCUGCAAAAUAUAGAGAUGUUUCCAAACAAUGGAUCUAACGCUAAUUCUACCUUUCACCCCGGAUGUACCAUUAAAGAUCCCUAUAUCGAAGAUAUAUUAUACAAAAUCGAUUGGAUAUUUAGUUGUAUCAUUCCAUUUUGCGUAAUAUUGGUUGGUAACGUAACUAUUGGUAUUCGAUUAUGGUAUAUUAAAUACGUUGGCGAUAAAGCUUUGCAGAAACAUAUGAAAGGAGAUUAUCAGAAUUUUUUAUCAAUAACUAUUAUGCUGAUGACAGUCAGUUUGGCUUUUAUUUUACUCACCGGGCCUUUGUUAAUAUACCAAACAGAAUAUGUAAAAUUUUCAAGGCUUGAUUGGCCAAAUUUUACUUUCCAUUCUCUACAAACUAUAUACUAUCUCAAUUACGUUAUAGACUUUUAUUUAUAUUGUAUUGCCGGUUCCAAUUUCCGAAUGGCAUUAAUGCAGCUCCUAUUCAAAAGAAAGAGCAAGCCUUGCAAGAAGAGUAUGGGCCAUGAAUUAACAGCUCUAACAUCAACCCCACCAAACGCUCACAAACUCUCCAACACUGACGACAUUUAUUAA